AUGCAGAGGCCCCUCGAGGGGCAGCCUGCGGCCACUGGUUCCGCGGAACCGCUAAGUGGCGGCCUCAACGCGCCCGAGCCCACUGAAGGCGAGGUCACGUUGCGUUCGGAGAACGCCCUGGUGGUGGUACUGGACCUGACGCCGGUGGCAUGGACGGGGUCGCUGGCGCCUGGCGAGCCGCGGCUGCAGCUCUGCGGCUUGUACAGCCUUCUGCACCGAUUCCUGAAGACAUUCGCCUACAUGUCGGCGCAGAGCCGCUGCUGCGUCAUCGGGGUGCACAGCUCUGGAACCCGCAUUAUAUACGAGGGAGUGCUGUCGACAGACUGGCUCACGUCCUGUUUUGGGGGAGACCGGUCUCAGGACGAACGAGUGACCGCGUUGCUGCUGCGGAUCUGGAAUUCGAUACUGGACUUCAUCGACACUUGGUCAGCAUCGUCCGGCGACCCACAACUAACGACCGCCCUAUCUAUGGGGCUGUUGUAUCUUAACCGGUUGCGGUUAACAGGAGCUGGGUACGGCCGCCGUAUAAUCAUAUUCGACGUGUCCGGCGCGAAGGACUACCGGGCGCAGUACAUACGGCUGAUGAACGUGGCGUUCACAGCCGCUAAAUCCUGGAUACUCACCGCGGGGCAGGGCAUAUCCAUAAACACGUGCGCAUUCCGCCAGUCUUCCGUAGGUACCACCGUCAUGUACGCUCACCAGACGCAGCGCAUCCUGGAGCAGCUGAGCGAUAUCACCAACGCCAAGUACCUGAAUCUGCAGAAGAUUCUGCAAUCGGAAAUUGAUGCUGAGAACUACGAGCAGUCGGUGCUGCAGCUUAUAAUGUUUUGGUUCCUGCCCUCAGAGGCUGUUUCGGAGCAACUCUCAACGCAGCUGCCCUUCGACUUCAGCAACACGGCGGUGUGCUACUGCCAUUAUCGCACGGUGGACAUCGCGUUCCUCUGUCCAUGCUGCUUCGCGGGUAAGCUUAUGCCGGCAUUGGUCGUCACAGCGCGGCAGUGUACUGCUCGGAAAAGGACGAUAAGGGGAAGUACCGAGUCUUCUGUUUCGUAUGCAAGUGAGUGA